AUGCCUGUCGUCAAGGGUGGAGUGUGGACAAACAUCGAGGAUGAGAUCCUCAAGGCCUCAGUCUCCAAAUAUGGCCUGAACCAGUGGGCGCGCGUGUCGUCGCUGCUGGCUCGUAAAACACCCAAGCAGUGCAAGGCGCGAUGGAACGAAUGGCUCGACCCUAGCAUCAAGAAGAUCGAGUGGAGCAAGGAGGAGGACGAGAAACUGCUGCAUCUGGCAAAGUUGAUGCCAACGCAAUGGCGCACCAUCGCCCCUCUUGUCGGUCGCACCGCGAAUCAAUGCCUCGAACGAUACCAGAAGCUCCUCGAUGAGGCCGAGCAGAAGGAGGCGGGCGGCCUCAGUCUGAUGGGACCUGAAGGAGGCGAGACACAAGCUCCAUCAGCCGAUGAUGUUCGUCGUCUACGGCCUGGCGAGGUCGACCCAGACCCGGAGACGAAGCCCGCGCGACCGGAUACCAUCGACCUUGACGAGGACGAGAAGGAGAUGUUGAGCGAGGCUCGUGCGCGUCUGGCCAAUACACAGGGCAAAAAGGCGAAGCGAAAGGCUCGUGAGCGACAACAGGAGGAGUCACGCCGUCUGGCAGCCCUGCAAAAGCGGAGGGAGCUGAAGACAGCUGGUAUCAACAUCAAGGUUGUCACUCGCAAGGCAGGUCAGAUGGAUUACAAUGCCGAUAUUCCAUUCGAAAAGAAGGCAGCUCCAGGUUUCUACGACACGAACGAGGAGAUGACUCGCAAUGAGCUGCAGCGCGCGGCUUUCGAUCCCCGCAAGCAGCAGCUGGCUGCCAAUAAGCGCAAAGGGGAUCAGGACGAUGAGGCUGAUCGCAAGAGACGCAAGAACGACAAGGAUGCUCCUUCGGCAUCUUAUCAGGCUGCAAUCAAAGCCGGUCAAAUGCAACGUAUACGGGAAGCAGAACAGAGUAGCAAACGUAGAGCAUUGAAUCUACCGGCUCCUCAGGUCAGCGAGGGCGAGCUCGAGGAGAUUGUGAAGAUGGGGAUGAUGGGAGAACGAGCCAAUAUGCUGGCAAGGGAAAGUGAUAACGACGCGACGAAGGGUUUGGUUAGCACUUAUAACGCACUCAACACUGGCGCGCCGAUUAGGACGCCGAAAGCUCCUGCCCAGGAGGACCAUAUUGCCAAUGAGAUCAGGAACAUUCGAGCUCUGACCGAGACUCAAUCAUCUCUGCUGGGCGGUGAAAACACUCCUCUUCACGAGGGAGCUGGUUCGACUGGCUUUGAGUCUGUUGCUCCGCGGAAGCAUGUCGUGGCGACGCCGAACCCAUUGGCCACGCCUCUCAGGUCUGGAGCGAAUGGUCCAGGUGCCACGCCGCUAAGACCAGGGCAAACUCCACUGCGCACUCCUCGCGAUACCUUUGCGCUAAACUCUCAAGAUGAUGAGAUGUCUCUGAUUGGAGGCACUCCCGGGGAUCUCAGGGUCCGCGACACUGCUAUGAAACAUAUGUUGAAGCAAGGUCUGGCUGCGCUUCCGAAGCCAAAGGAUACGGAGUGGGAGCUUGAACUGCCAGAUGAGCAAGCUGAACUGGCAGAUUCUGGUCUCACCCGCGAGGAGGAUGCUGCGGAACGCGAUCGAAGGGAGCGCGAGUACCGAGAGGCACAGGAAUUGCUUGAGCGGAAGAGGCGGACGCAGGUUAUGCAGCGUGACUUGCCUCGUCCGGCUGCUGUCGAUGUGAAGGCAUUAUUACAGGAUGCAUCCCAGCUAUCCGACCCAGCUGAAGCACUGGUUGCCCAGGAGGCAGCAUUGCUGAUGCUUAACGAUGCCUUGAAGUACCCGCUUUCGGGGACAAAGCCCAUUGACGCUCCUCCUAUCCUGGAACGCAUCGAUGACAAUGCAUUGGCAGAAGCAAACUUGCAGAUUCUGCUGGAGGCAAAGGGUAAGCCGAAGCCUGAUGAGGUGCAUGCUGCGUGGGAGAGAAGCAACAGCAACUCCUUGCUACUUGGCCUCGGCUGCUAUGAUGAUGACGAUGAAGAGGACCAAGUGGCGGCUAUGAAGACAGCAUUUGACGAGGUUCAAGAUUCAAUCAUAGAGUCGGCUGAGAAAGGAGCUAAACUGGAGAAGAAGCUCACCCUGCAUCUCGGAGGCUACAAGCAGCGAGCCGAGAUGUUGCGCAAGAAGAUCGGAGAGACCGCGGUUGACCUCCAAAAGGCCAACAAUGCCCUCGGUGCGUUCAAGACGCUCGCAAUUUCAGAGGAAGCCGCUGUCCAAAGACGCCUGGCGGCUCUCCGAGAUGAAGUCGGCUUUGUUAGCCGUAGGGAGAGAGAGGCACAGGAGCUGUACAGAAGGAAUAGGGAAGAGCUCAACAGUCUUGUGGGUGACGGGACAAAUGGUUAUCAUUAG